AUGUGGCUUCGGAAGACUAGAGAGGCUGAUGCUGUUGGGAGUAUCUUAUCUAUAGGCAACCUCAUGGAGAAGGUACUUGCGCUUGAUGGUGUGUCGUCGUCGUCAGAGGUAGGCUUUAGUGCAGCCACCAAAGAGGAGAUGCUCCAUGAGGUCCGCUAUGGAUGCGCUAGUGCUGGUAUCAUUGAUGCCGCCGAUACCAAACCUUCGGUUACAACAAUGAAAACAGCAAUUUGGAGCAAGAUCGAGUCGCUGUGGCGGGAAUUUGAAGCUGAUGGAGGCAGGAAUUUUGUGGCGAGUGACGAUGGCAAGUCGCAUUUACCUCACCAUGUUGCCCUGGCAUUCACCUUCGGUCAGCGUGAAAUACUCUAUUUUCGAGCUGUAUCGACACAAGCGUCGGAGUCCGACCUACCCAGUGAGGAGGUCCGAGCCAACAUCAGCAAUUCACCCAUGACACAUAAGAGUCGACCUAAGCAUCUAAGAGGUGCUAAGUUGGUUGGUAUCGACUCGGCUAACUAUGCUCUUGCAUAUGCUAUGAUGGUUGGCAUUGAGGCUACGAUACGGGCAGGGGAGCAAUUGAAUCCUCAAUGGCCGUCUAUAGAGACCAGUCACCCGGUGGAAGGGUCGGACCUAAUGCCUAUCGAUAACGUGGCUGCUGCAGUUAGACGUAGCUAUUUGUUACCACCAAGUGGCUCCCGCUUAUCCCCUCCUCACAUAAGUAAACCCAACAGGUACAUUCGGCGUCGAUGCUGUAUCACGGAUGAGGAGUACCUGUCUAGUCUCUGCCAAAGAGGCUUUUCCCUCAUCGAAUUCACGACCAACAGCAAGUCCGGAGAAUUCUUCUUCUUCAGCCAUGAUGGGAAGUUCAUGUUGAAGACGAUAUCGGACGAGGAGGCUGAGGCCUUGUUGGUGAUGCUGAGGGACUAUGCUCACCAUGUGACCUCCCAUAGGUCUCUCCUCACUCGUAUGCUGGGACUCUAUCGGCUGCAUAUAGGAGAUCGCUAUAAGCGUUGGUUCUUCGUGUCCACCUCAGUAUUCGACACCGGGUCCUUGGGGCUGCAUGCUCAAUAUGACCUAAAAGGAAGCACGUCGAAAAACCGCAAAGCUGGGGAUACUGAGACUGUUAAGAAGGACCUGAACUGGAGUCAGGCUGGCAAUAAGAUACAUGUCCCCGAUAAAUGCAAAGAUAUUUUAAUAUCGACGCAUAAGGCUGAUGUGGAGUUCUUGGCACGACAUGGGGUGACGGACUACUCAGUGCUUGUUGGUGUACAUGAUACGGAGAGCAGUGAUGCCGGCCCUGUCAUCAUCGACGUGGCAAAGUCUGCGAUCCAACUUGACCAUAUCCUCGACUAUAAGGCAGCACGUUGGCAACGGAUGGGAAUGGCGAGGCGUUCACGGGCCCAUCUCUUCGACGCUCCCGUCGCUCCAGAGAUACAAGUACUUUAUUGGCAUCAUCGACUACCUCGUCCCAUGGGGUCUGAGAAAGCGUGCCGAACGGGUGGUGAACGCCUGUCUAUGCCAAGAUAUGCAGCAAGGCAACACAGGUUCUUCGCCGAUAAGGUGAUUGGUCCCCAUGAUGGACUCCCUAUUGCAGCUCCUGAUGACGAGCCCUCGAUUGAGAAGAUAGAGGAUGCCGAAGUGAAUGAUGGCCAAGGAGAUCGAGUUUAG